GCAGAAUGAUGACGUGUGGAGUAGAGGAUCGCCAUUUGCCUUUCCUGCUUCACCACAUGCAGCACGUCGAGCUCGUCCUCCUUCAGACACACACGCCUACCGCUUAUCACUGAUGUAAUCAAGCUGAUCACCACUGAUUAACACAAUAGUGUCAGGGUUCAGAGUGGGAACUGCAGAGCUGAGAUCUCACCUUACCAGUCACGUGAUUUUUAAUAGCAACAAUAGGAAUGUUGAUUACAAUUAAACAAAUUGAGGACAUAUAUUAAUCUUCACACCAGUUCAUAUUCUGCUAAUACAAUAUGAAAUCCUUGAGUGAUAAGAGGUAAAGUAUUAAUUCCCAACCACAGGGUGCUUGGCUUUGUCCGAGUAUUCUAAUUUGAAUAUAUCUGCAUGAGAAUUACUCUAGUGUCUGCAGGUCAACAUGCAAAGCAUGCUGGGAGCAGGAACCACACUGUAAACAAAGGAUUAUAAAAUCCACAGAGUGAGAGUACUGUAUCUAUCCGUCUGAUACUACAACAGCAGCAGGCAUGGUGCUAGAGACCUCUGAGCAUGCCUCUGGCUUUGAGGCUAAAGUUUCUGAAGAUAAUGUGGAGACCCCAUUUGGCAUAGUGCACUGCACCAUGAAAGGUAUCGCUAAGUUCAACCGACCUGUCAUCCUGACUUACCAUGACAUCGGACUAAACCAUAAGACCUGCUUCAGCAAUCUGUUCAACCACGAGGACAUGCAGGAAAUCACACAAUAUUUCUCUGUGUGCCACAUCAAUGCACCUGGGCAGCAGGAAGGUGCUAGCACUGUCCCCACAGGAUCCACCUACCCCUCAAUGGACCAGCUCUCUGAGACCAUCCCUAUUGUGCUCCAGCAUUUUAACAUCAAGAGCGUUAUUGGAAUGGCAGUCGGGGCUGGAGCUUACAUCCUUGCACAGUUUGCUCUGAACCACCCUGAACUGGUUGAGGGUCUUGUUCUGAUUAACAUUGAUGCUCAGGCAGAGGACUGGAUGGACUGGGCAGCACAUAAGAUCUCUGGCUGGACACAUAAUGUUCCUGAUAUGAUCAUCUCCCACCUGUUUGGAAAUGAAGAGAUUCACAACAACCAUGACCUGAUCGCAAACUUUCGACAUCACAUCCUGAACAACAUUAACCAGAGAAACCUCGAGCUGUUUGUCAAGUCCUAUAACAGUCGAAGGAAUCUGGAUGUGGAGAGACCUCCUCCAGGUGGAAACCUCAAUGUGCGGACCCUGAAGUGCCCAACUCUUCUGGUGGUAGGGGACAGCUCUCCUGCAGUUGAUGCUGUGGUUGACUUCAAUUCAAGAAUGAAUCCAACAAAAACCACCCUACUUAAGAUGGCUGACUGUGGAGGCCUUCCUCAGGUUGAUCAGCCUGCCAGAUUGGCAGAGGCCUUUAAGUACUUCAUUCAGGGACUGGGAUAUAUGCCUGCAGUUAGGAUGACCCGCCUGUCCCGCUCUCGCACUGUCUCUGGCAGCAGCAUCUCGUCUCUGGAUGCCGUUCAGAGUCACAAUUCCACUGGAGAGGAGCAGCACAGACACUCUCACACCAGCAUCUCCAUGGGCAAUGACUCUGACAGCAGCACAGAGCUGAGCCUGUUGGGAACAACACACCCCAAUCAGGUGUCCUGCCAGAGGCCCCAUUGUUAGUGCUGUUUUUUACACACAUCAUUAAUGGAGAACCAGAAGCUACCAGCUGCUUCAUAUCUUAUUCUUCCGUCUCAGUUUCACUCGGCUUCAAAUAAAUGAUGCUUUAAAUUAUGUGACGAUUGCAGUGUUGGAACUAGAGACUGUGUAUUGUACAAGAAGUUCAGAUUUAUUUUACAAAGUGUGUCUGUAUUAUUACUAUUUUUUAAUGGAUCAAUGUUUUGAGUUCCUUUGUUAGCCAUGUAUUAUAUUUUUUAUGAAGGCUAAAGCAGAAGUACAAAUCCUUUUACAAUUUGCAGCCCGUGUAACCACAAACACUUUCAUAGCCCACAACAUGACAGAACCAACCAACUGUUAGAAAUGCAGUUACAAUUGUAACCAAAUAAUCAACAUUGGCAAUUAGAGAAAAUUAGCACAUGCAGGCUACAUAAAGCCCAAUUACAUAAAGCCCAUAAACCUGUAUUUCAUAUAAAGAUGUUUCAAUGUUGUAUAAAUAUCUUUCACUCAAUCUUUGGAAUGCAUUUUAUUUUAAAAUUGUAACAUUUAUUGUAAUAAUAAAACAUAUUUGUCUCA